GGUUCCCCUGCACCUGGCUACACCAUCACCUAGUCCCAAAGUGAACCCAUUUGCUUUGCCGAUACUUCCAACAGAGCAGAAACACCAAGGUUUCUCCUAAAACUCCACUCAUCUCUCUUUUUUCUCUUUCUAUUGAUAGAUAUUUCUGGAUCAAUAUCACUGUGUUGCGUUGCGUUGGGCUGCGAAAGAUGUGAGAAUUUGAGAGCCAUUUAAGUUUUUGCUGGUGUUCAUAUUUUGCAGCAACUUCCUUCUUCCAGAUAUUUAGAGGAAAAACGAGGCAAGCUUUUGACUGGGGAAGUUGAUUGAAUGGCAAAAGUUUGUUGGCCAUAUUUUGAUCCAGAGUAUGAGAACUUCAGCAACAGAAUCAACCCUCCAAGGGUCUCUGUGGACAAUGAUAGUUGCCAUGAUUGUACACUGAUCAAGUUUGAUAGUAUCAACAAACCUGGAAUUCUGCUGGAAGUGGUUCAAAUCCUGACAGAUCUUGACUUCAUAAUUACCAAAGCUUACAUAUCUUCUGAUGGUGGAUGGUUUAUGGAUGUAUUUCAUGUCACGGAUCAACAAGGAAAGAAGAUAACGGACAGCCAAACAAUUGACUUCAUUGAAAAGGUUCUAGGACCAAAGGGCCAGAACACAGAAGGAGUGAAGAGUUGGCAAGGAAAAAGGGUUGGAGUGCACUCAAUUGGUGAUCACACAGCCAUUGAGCUCAUUGGUCGAGACCGCCCCGGCCUCUUGUCUGAGAUAUCAGCAGUCCUUGCCAGCCUCCAGUUCAAUGUGAUUGCAGCUGAAGUUUGGACUCACAACAGGAGAAUAGCUUGUGUCCUUUAUGUCAAUGAUGCUACAAACCAAGCCAUGGAUGACUCAAAAAGAUUGUCUAUUAUGGAGGAGCAGCUCAACCACAUCCUACGCGGGUGUCAGGAUGAUGAGAAAGUGGCUAGGACCAGUUUCUCAAUGGGUUUCACUCACAUGGAUCGGAGGCUCCACCAAAUGCUAUUUGCUGAUAGGGACUAUGAAAGUGCUGGAGUAACAACAACAACAGAUGUUGAUUGUGCUCCUUCUUUUAGGCCUAAAAUCAGAAUAGAACGCAUCGUGGAGAAAGGUUACUCGGUGGUUAGUGUGAGAUGCAAAGAUCGGGCAAAAUUAAUGUUCGACAUUGUUUGCACUCUCACUGACAUGCAAUAUGUUGUCUUCCAUGCUACAAUCUCAUCCGAAGGGCUUUAUGCAUCCCAGGAGUACUUUAUACGGCACAUGGAUGGGUGCACGCUUGACACUGAAGGAGAGAAAGAAAGGGUCAUCAAAUGCAUUGAAGCUGCUAUUCAAAGAAGAGUUAGCGAGCUAUCUACUUGUAUUGUUGCGAAUGGUACGACAGAUAUAUGGGGCUAAGUUCCACUCAGAUUGUAUGUGACCAUCAUAUCCACCUAAUCAAUCGGUGACAGUGAUGGUCUUUUCUUUUGUCUUCAAUAGAGCAUUAGAGCUUAAGAACCUAUAUACUCCACGUAAUAUCAUCUCAUCCACAUCCCUAUAACCUUAAAAGUUAAACUAAAUAAAGGGAAAGUUUUCUUUGCUCUGUUUUUAUCAUAUACAAAUUGAGUUUAUGUGACAAAAUGUCACUAUCAGCCAUAUAUGCUAUAACAUCAUACAAUUAAUUAUGCAUCCCUGUUUGAUUUUGUCCAUACAUCUGAUUAUGAGUUUUAUAUGUAUGUAUAUAUACUAGGCGUAAAAUUUACAUCGUCCACCAGUCAGAAUCAGAAUUCCUUAUCAGUAUGAUUUUUAUGUUAUAUCAUGAAUUAAUAACUACAUUCUAUCUAAAAAAUAAAUAAAAAAUCCCAAUUGUGUAAAACAUUUUAUUCUCAUAAAUAGGACCAAUGUGAUAUUUAUAUAAGAUUUCUCUUUCUCAUU